UUUUGAAUCUGAGAAGUUUAGGGUAUAAAAAUGGGUCAAAGGUGAUGCUGACCAAGUAGAAAAGUAUUGUCUUGCUUAUAAUACCUUUUAGAAAGAAAUGGUUGAAGCGAAUAGAAAGCACAAAGAAUUCCAAGUAGAAGAGUCUUUAGUGAAUGAAACAAGACCGGUAUCUCAGACCAAAUUUAAUCAUGAAUAUUAUAUCAAUAACAUAGCACUAAACAAGCAUAAAAUACGAAAAAACAUAAAUAAAAUCUCAAACCGGAAGCUAAAUAGUAAAAUCCAAGAACUAAAACCAAAGAUGACAAGAAGUGCAAACUUGUUUAUUGAAGAAAUCAGAGUUGAUAAAUCCUGGGCUCUAAGCACUAUAGAGCAUAACCUUAGUGAAGAGUCAGUCUCCGAAGUUAGUAUGAAAUCUGAGAUACAUUUGAUCACUGUUCAGCUCAGUCCGACCAAGAUAAACGUAAGAUUUUGGUAAUUACCCUGUAGAUCUUCCAACCUAAACGGAAGUAAUCUCAGAUAGAUCUUGAUCAAUAAAUGAUAUAGUGAAAAAUUUGGUUCUGUGCUAAUCACAAAUUUUCUAAAUUUCUCAAAAUAGCUUUAAAUGUUCAAAGUUGAGGUUUCAAUAAUGAAAAAAUAUUCUUUAUUUAUAAUCACAGGAGAAAAUGCCUACAUUGAAUUAACUACAAAGUAUUCUGACAAGAAUGUUUUAGGGCAACUAGACUAAUGUCUAGCAGAUAAGUAAUAAAUAAAACUCAUAAAGCACCAACUGUGUGUUGAGACACCCCUCUGUUUAUU